CACUUACAAUCACUGAUCUAAUCUCUUUCGCAUCGUCUUAGAAUCAAUCUAUCGUCGCUUCUAACCCCAGCCUGUGAUUCUCACCAUUUUUCCCGGCACGGAAAUGGCCACCGAGGAACCACUCUCCGUCGACGCCACGGUUGAGGCAGUUGAGAUGCAGAUCGAAGCCAAUGACGAGAAACCGAAUGACGCCGCCAAGUCAAUCAAGCCGAAGAAGGGGAAAGAGGCCAAGGAGAAGAAAUCGUCCGUUUCAACGAAGAAGAAAAGCCUUCGUACGCACCCCUCUUACUUUGAGAUGGUCCAGGAGGCGAUUGUUGCUCUGAAGGAGAGGACUGGAUCGAGUCAAUACGCAAUUCAGAAGUUCAUCGAGGAGAAGCAUAAGACUCUCCCUUCGAAUUUCAGGAAGUUGUUGCUCGUUUAUCUGAGGAAGCUCGAGGCUUCCAAUAAGCUCGUGAAGGUGAAGAAUUCGUAUAAGCUUUCAUCGGCUUCUAAGCUUGCCAUUUCGGCAACGGUGGCUAAGAAGCCUUCGGCUGCUACCAAGUCCAAAGCAACCACAAAGGUGAAGAAGGCUCCUGCAAAACCUAAAGCCGCCGCUGCCAAGUCGAAAGUUGCUGCUGGUGCCAAGGCCAAGCCGGUCGCCAAGGCUAAGCCGGCUGCCAAGCCUAAAGCAGUUGCCAAGCCGAAGGCGGUUGCCAAGCCAAAGACGAUCGCCAAGGCGAAGACAGCUUCUAAGACCGUCGCAGCCCCUGCAAAAGCCAAAGCUGUUGCCAAGGCAUCAAAGGUAGCGCCUGCGAAGAGGAAGGCUGCGCCGAGCUCCAAGCCUGCGGCGAAGGUGGCCAAGACGUCUGCUAAGGCGACUCCGGGGAAGAAGGCCACCGUUCCUAAGGUGGCGCCGAAGAAGGCGGCCCAGGUGAAGAGCGCGAAGGCGAAGGCGAAGGCGAAGACGCCGGUGAAGAAAGCAACGGCCAAGAGGGUGGGAAAGAAGUAAAUAGACCAGAUAGCCCCUUAGGGGAAUGAACUGCCUGGAGUUCAUUAGUUGUGUAUUAGGGGUGGUCUUGUAAUUUUACCGCUGCUGUUUGUUUAUUUUAUUUGCCUUAGUGUGUGUCUUUGUCAUCAAAAUACAAAUAUAGAGGAGAAUCUGAAUAUGUUCUUCAUGGUUUACAGUUUUCGACCACUCUUCCGGCGUUUAGCAUCAUCGAAAACGAGCCAAAUCUUAAUUAUUAGUGCUACAAAUUUAUGAAACUGAUUGUAAUUAGGUUGGAUUAAGAAUCUAAUUUUGAUGAUAAAGGAAAGCAACUUUGGUGUUAAAA